AUGGAGUCCGAACUCAAUUUGACAAGGAUGGACAACAACAAAACCUACCACGAACAGACUGUCUACGGAGGCGGAUUCUUUCCAGUCGACCUUCCAACGCGACCUACUCCUACGCCGGCAGCUGCCAGACGGACAAGGCUGCGUGGAUUCUUCACCUUCUCGCCGCGUUCCUACAACUUCAUCCGUACGCCGGACGGGCAGGCGCGAGUCCGGCGUAUUGUCAUGAUCGUGAUUCUUGUGCUCCGCAGCGCUAUGUCCGCGUUGAGUAUUAUAUCAGCAGUAAUCAAACGUAACGUGGCCGGCAUCGUCAUCUACAGCCUUCUGGCCAUCUUGAGCUUGUGGUUCACGGCAACUUGUUUGGCAAUCAUUGGUAAUGCCGCUGACAACCGAAACCCUGGACAAGUUAUCAAACACCGGUAUUUCGAUGUCUUCUUGGGAACUCACGGGCUGGGUUUUGGAGGUAGCUGGAAUUGGGAUAUGGCUCGCCAUUCUUGGAGUUGCAUUCCUGGCGGGAUGGGAGCCACGGAGCAGUGUUCCGACCCGCCGGUACCAUACGGUUUCGACACCACUCUGAGCCCUGGUAUCGGUGCCGUCGGUCACCAGCCCGAAUUCACCGAAGGAUACGACUGUUCCGUCUCAGACGAACGCAAAAAAUAA